UAGUUUAAUCUUUUAGGAAGAAGCUUACCAUUUACUUCAAUCGAUAUCUAUGUAUACGCUUCUUCUUCAUAUUGAUUUGAAAUCGAAUUUGGUCUUGACUUGUUCAUCUCUUGUCGUUAUUUCGUUGAAACAGAUGGACUCGACAUCAUCUCUUGAUCGAGAAACCCGUAGCAAAGAAGAUGACUUUCAAACUCCGGAUAGCAACAAAAGCAAAAGAAAAGAAUGUGAAGGAAGUUCUCAACCAUCCAAAGUGACUUCUCAACCAUCCAAAGUCAAGCGGCUCCUCCCAACAAGAUCAGAAGUAUGGGAACAUUAUACAAGAACUAAGGAGGACAAAGACAGGUGUUUAUGCAACUAUUGCCAGAAGGAAUACUCGUGUCUCACCACAUCAGGGACCACAAACCUGAAGAAACAUCUUGAAAUCUGCAAAAACCAUCAAGCGUGGUUAGCUAGCAAAAAAGAGAAACAAAAAGGUAUUGCUGAAGAUGGGAAGCUCAAGACGUGUAAGCUUUCUGAAACUGUGUUUAGAGAAGCCACGAAUGAGAUGAUUCUGUUGGGACAAUUUCCUUUAGCGUUUGUUGACAGUGUGGCAUGGAAGCAUUUCUGUAAAAAGGCAAUGCUGUACACUCCUCAUUCAAGAAGGACCUCAUCUAAAGACAUCGUAAAGAUGUAUGUGGAGAAGAAAGAGGCAUUGAAGAGAUGGUUCUUAUGCAAUAAGCAACGUGUGUCUGUUACUACAGAUAUAUGGGUUUCUCAAACAACAGGUUAUACAUUAGAAACAUCCAUGAUUAAUUUUUCAUUAGCAACAGCUUCCUCCACUUACUAACAUUGUAUAAUUUUUCUUUGUAGGUGCUAGUUACAUGGUGAUCACAGUGCAUUACAUUGAU